AUGAAAGAAGCAUUGUAUGCUGCGGAGUUGAAGAUAAUUCAGGGUUUCAAACCAACCAAGAAUGAGUGGUAUGUGAAGGAGUCUGGGCGCAGACGUAGACUUGUAUCUCCGGUAGCUGAAGGUGAAGGUUCUUCAUCAAAGCCAAGAAAGAAACAAAAGAAGAAGGCUGAAACUAUGUUAAUAGAUGAGUCUGAAGAAGAAGUUCCUGAGGUGAACAUUGAAGAGGAACAAGAGGCGGCUAGUGUAGCACAUAUUGAAAUUGAGACUGAUUUGUUCACAACAGAAGCAGAUUUUGUUGAUAGACCAGUUACUUCUGAGGUUCAAAAGGAGAAAGAGAAAGUGAUAGAUGAUGUUGAAGGCGACGAUGUUGAUAAAGACACUACUAGUUCUUCUAGUGGGUCUGGGUUUGAGAUAGUUGAUGCAAAAGAACGUGAAAAGCGAAUGAGAGAGGAGGUAGAAAAAGAGAAGUUACUCAGAAAGAGGAGGAGAGAAGAGAAAGAAGAUGCACCUUAUGAACCAUCUCCAGAACAUAUUUCUGCAUCUCAAUCUACUCCUAAGAGUAAAAGAAAGCUGGAGUUGGAAAAGAGAAUUGAUGAGGUGAUAGCAGAAAACAAAAAGUUGGAAGAUGAAUGCAAAAGAAUUGCUGAAAGAGAAAAGUCUCUUGCUGGAAAGGUGCAGAGAUUAGAAGGUGAAAACAAAGUGUUGGAACUAAAGAUUGAAGUUGAUCAGACAGAAAUUGAUGUUUUGAAAGUUCGAGUGUCUGAGUUAGAAGAGGAGAAGAGUCGUCGGGAAAGUGAAAACGAGUACUAUAAGCUGAAGAACAAAGAACUUAUGGCUGCUAAAGCACUACAUGAACAUAAGUUCUACAUGCUGAAUAGGGUUGUGGAAAGUAUGUUGGAGACGUCUGUGGAACAAAAGUAUGAAGAAUUGAAGUUAGAGGAUCUUCGUGCUGAACGUAAAGCAGAAGCAGAAAGGCAAAUGAAAGAAAAAGGUAAAGCUGUUGAAGGAAGUUCUGUAAUGUCUAUUGUGCCUUCAAUGGUGGUAGAUAAUCCAGUGCCUAUAUCCUCAGUUCCUGGUAUAGUUGAAGAAGAAAUUCAAUCGUCAAAGUUAAUUGGUGACGAAGAAGAAGAGGAUGAUGAAGAUGAUGAUGAGGAAGAGUUUGUUUAUUCUGCAAGCAGUCACAGUUCAAAAGGUAAUGAUGACGAUGACGCUGCAGGAGGUACAGGUGUUAGAAUAUCUGAAGCUUCAAAAGAAAAAGUCGUUGAAGAUCUGCUGAAUGACACAGUCAAUGAGGAAAGUGGUGAAGCUGGGGGAAAGGGGGAGUCGAGCAAGAAUCAGAUUGUAGAGCAUCACGAACCCCUGUUCUUAUGUCUAGAUGUGUAUAGGGAGAUGUUAAACGAUGUAAAUCCCGAGAAUCAAAUUGAUCUUGAAGCUGAUCUGGAAUCUUUUGAUAUCAAUAAACAGAAAGAUUACAAGUAUAACUAUGUUGAGGAUGCAGAUCAGUACGAUAGGGUUGAAGUAGAGGAUUGUUCUGAUAAUGAGGAUGUCUCUGAAGAUACAUCAAAACUUCCGACGUUAAUGGAGUUUUUCGCAGCAGAAAACAGAGAAGAGUUGCGUCAGAAAGUGAAUGAAGCGGUGAAUGAAAAUGUGUUCGAGUGCUUGAGAAAAGAAGCUGAACAAGAAAGUCAAUCAAAUGUUGAGAAAGAAGAUCAUUCAAAAUGGUUUAAAGACAGUCAUGAGAGAAAGUUCAAGAGUCCUUUGAAGUUUUUCCAACGUGAUAGAUCUAUUUCUCUUGGUGAUAUCAUCAGUUGGGGUUUUCUUCCUCAAGUCAACGCCUAUGCAGUUAGAAGAGAAUAUGGUGUCCAAUACUUUAAACGUUUAUAUGACAUUAUGUCAUUACCAUGGUGGGAUGUCGAUGAGUUAUCUCAGGUGAGAACGUUGGAGUAUCAGGUGAGACAGAAUGAUAAAGCAAUGUGGGGAUAUAUCAAGUAUGAGACUCUCAGAGGUUAUCUGAAAUGGAAACCUCAUCGUCCAAGACGGGUUGAAAGAGUAGAUCCUGAAACUGGUGUACGGGAAACUAUUCCGAAUGUAAAGCCUCCAAGAACCAUGACGAUGAUUCCUAUGUCAGAAAUGGAACAAGAUUUUUACAAAGGGUUCAUUGAUUGGGUGUAUAGCUGUCUUACAACUGAAGCUAUCAUUACAUACAGAGCUGGUAGUGAGCUGAGAUAUAUUCGUGUCUAUGAUCCGAUGUGGCUGGUGAAUUGUUCGGCAAAAGACAUCGAAUGCUUGUUUAUUCACAAGAUUCGUUAUAAAGCAGAAGAUAAAGAUCAAGCUCAACAGUUCCAGCGUGUGGUAUCACUGUGCUUUCAAAAAGGAAUCAAUUCCGAAAGCAAGUGGAAAUCGUCUUGGUGGGCAUUGGAUGAAAAGAUGAAGAAGAAGGCUAAACGUGAACGUGAAAAUCGUAGGAUGGAAGAGAAAAGAGGAAAGUUUUUGAAGAAACAACAGGAAGAAGAGAAGGUAGAGAAACGAAAGCGUGAAAAGAUCAGAGUUGCAUUGAGCAGGAAGCCUAAAGGGCGUGAAGAAAAUUACAAAGCUGCUAUCUGA